AUGGACCAGCUGCCGCUGCAGAAGAUUCCAGAGGCGUUCCGGAGUCGAGUGCUUCUCACCGCGCAAGGUCCCAUUCAUAAGUUGAUGCAGCUUCUCCGCCCACAGGUUAAAGGUCGGAAGCGCACUCUCUUGAUGGCCGGUAUUACGGCGCUGGGCGCCAUUAUGCGUUUAGUGGCGCGCGACAACUUGUUCAACGCGUUCCAUUUUCUUGUGCACGACCAGCCGCUGUCUCAGCUGCUCGUCAUGGGGACUGAGCCGGUUUAUGCACUUUUGUCUCUCGCGACAACGCUGUAUUUUGGGUUCUACCAUGCCCGGGAGGUGUCGCGUGAUCAGGCGUACAGACAGCAGAUCGAGCGUAUCAAACAAGCCGAAACGGAACUGAUGCGAGAGCUGGAGAACCCGGACCUGAGUCUGGAGGACAAGAAACGCCUGGCCAUGAAGGCCAUGUUCUUGCGAGAAGAGGCAUCUGACGCUCUGGUUAAUCGUUUGCAACCGUCGAUUCGAGGAACCCUGUUUUCGAUGGUGGCAUCCAUCACCUUUUUGGGUUUGCUCUUCCGCAAACAACUGGGCGUCCGACUGAAAUUCUGCGACUUUGGUGUGCGUUACAUUGGCGUCACCGCUGUCGUCGCCGCUCUCGUUGCUGCGGUCGAUUAUUUGUCACGCCGUCGAAUCAAUAAACUUAGGGAGGCGAGAGCCCAGACCCGCAAGGCUAUCCAAAGAGACUUUCUUCAGAACAGUUUCUCACGACAGAAACGCGCGGCCAGGUCCCGGGGACGACUGGUGAUAGCGGAACGUGACGUCCUACCGGGAACCACCACUGAUUCGGCGACAGAAAGCCAGAAGGCAAUUUUGAGGAGCCAAGAAAGCGACGAAGAACUACACCGAGUCCCUGCUCUCGUGCCAGUCGGAGAGGCGAAUAACGAACUCGCAUCUGGGGCAAACGCCGCCUGA